GGGCUUCUGCCUAGUCUUUCAGGUUCUGGGUUGGAGAUAAGAGCAGCGAACGGAACGAGGGAUGUGGGCUUUAAAAGUGAUAUUGGUCUGUGCGUGCUGGGCAGGCAUCUCGACCCAGCCCCACGAGCCUCUGCAGUCCAGGCUCACCCGGAGGGACACCGAACAAAGAUCCCUUGAGGACCUCGUGCAAUCCCAGAGUAACAUUCUUAAUAUGCUUCAAGAUACGAAAUCAGUCCUUGAAGAUCUGCACCAGGAAUUUAUAGAAUAUAAAAACGAUAAAGACCAGACUCAGGAAAUUGUGAAAAACUUCGCCGAGGAGAGAGAUCUGGCCAUCAAGCAAAUGAAGGCGAUGGAACAGCAGAAGGUGACGGAGAUGCGCGAGAAGGACGACCUCAUACAGCGUCUGGAGGGCGAGAGGCAACGGUCCGAGGACGAGCUCGUGGAAGUGAAGACUCAACUCGACACGCUCAAGAGAGUUACGCAAUCGGACUGUGCACAGCUGCUGCUUCAAGGAUUCACUGAAAGCGGUGUCUAUACGAUCUACCCCAGGAACAGCGACAAGAGCGUGGCCGUGUGGUGCGACAUGGAGACUGACGGAGGCGGCUGGACGGUCUUCCUCAACCGCGCCCAGCAGCCUGAGCAGCUGAACUUUUCCAAGUCUUGGGAAGCCUACGCCGACGGCUUCGGGGAUCCAAGCGCUGAGUACUGGCUGGGCAACAAGUACCUUCAUGCCAUCACCAAGAACGGCGCUUACACGCUGAGGAUCGACGCCCAGAACCUGUUGGGUGAGAAGCGGUUCGGGAAAUGGCUGCAGUUCGGCAUCGGCGACGAGAACAGCAAGUUCAAAAUCAAGGUUUCUGACUACUCGACGGAGAGCACCUUGGGAGACGUCUUGACGGAAGUCGACCAGAACGGCGAAAAGUAUAAUCCGAACGGCAUGAAGUUCUCGACGAUGGACCAGGAUAAUGACCGCCGAGAAGGUAAAAGCUGCUCAAAAAGCUUCGGCUACGGAGGCUGGUGGUACAACAACUGCUACCGCCUCAACCCGACUGCUCCCCUUGGAAACCGCAACGACGACAACACCAAGGCCCGCCUCUACUACUGGGGACCGGACAUAUACGCGGUCCAGGGCAUCCAGGCUCUCCAGCUCAAGAUCCGAAAGAACUAGCCACGCGCUGGCACCCCCUCCCUCCGGUGUUACUUCGAGGAUGAGAGUGUUUGUGACGAGGUGUUCAUAGUCGGACUGAACUCACUAAUGACAACGGGCUAUCCAACCUCGCCUCCCACACACGGAAAAGGUUUAAACAGGGUACUACUGCUGUUUGAUAUACAUAGAACAUUCGUGGCCUGCAAUAGCGGUUCGUUUUCCAGAUGUGUGAUGAUGGAUAUACACGGAAACAAACACAUAGAAGUCCGAUGUUCCCUUUAAAGUUACUGUGUCUUUCACUGUGGGUUCUCUUGUCUGUUGACCGUAGUUACUUAGCUUCGUCUGUAUGUUCUGAUUUCUUUAAUCAUGAUAUAUCUAAUAUUUAAUUUGUUAUUUUGACAUUGUACCCAUCCUGGUUUAGGAAGAAUCCCAUCCCGAAAACUCACACUUAUUUAUUUACUUGAGUUUUAAAUGAAGUGUUGCUAAAGACAAGUCACUGUUUGUAUCGUGGUGCUGCUACUUUAUAUUUAAAGUCUGCCACGGGCAAGCGGAGUGUCGACCCCUCAUCUUGGUUUAUUCGACUUGAGAUGAAAUACACUUGCAACACUCUCAUAAAAUUCCUUUACCCAGGAUGCUGGAAUGUAGCAGUCAUUACUAACAUAAUACUAAGAAUUACUCAUCUGUACGAAGGAACAUUAUAGCAAUGCAUCUAGAAUAUCAUGUAGCUAUGCCAAAAA